ACGCCGCCCGAAGCUGGCUGUCUAUAAAUAUAAGAAGUUCGACAACUCGUGAUCGGAGCGGACAGAGCAGCGGGAGAGAGGCACCAGGAUUUGGUCAUUGGACUUGCCAUGGAGCGAUUGGCCAAUUCACCAUCUCUCUAGGGUUUCAAUUUCAAGAAGACAAGGUCGCUGCCGUCAAUAACAAGGGAGAAACACAGGCACAGGGAAAUGUUCUAAAUCUAAAGCACGCUCUAAUUACAAGUAAGCGUUGGGUUUUCAAUCGAUCUGGAGCAUCUGGGGUUCCUUUGGCAAUGGCUGGAAUGAUAAAAAAGCGUUUCUUAGAAGCUCCGGUUUAUUUUUUCUACAUUUUUUAGUUGAAAGAAGAUUGUAUUAGAAGGGAGAGGAGAUGGAGUUUGCGAGGAUAGGGGGUUUUAAUGUACAGAAGAUGUGUGGGCGCCGAGCGGAGGUGCUCUCCAGGGAUGGAAGCCAUUACAGCGCCACGAGCAACAUACUUCCGGCGCUUGGGUCUAGGGGGAACCGCAGACUAAAGCUCAGGCCAUUCAUUCUAUCUCCCUAUGACAAAAGAUACCGGGCCUGGGAGACUUUUCUGAUUGUUUUGGUGGCCUAUAGUGCUUGGGUAUCUCCAUUUGAGUUUGGUUUCCUCACAAAGACAGCAGGUCCCUUGUCUAUUGUCGAUAAUAUCGUCAAUGGAUUCUUUGCGAUUGAUAUUAUCUUGACUUUCUUUGUAGCCUACCUUGAAAAAACAACUUAUCUUCUUGUUGACAAUCCCAUUAAGAUUGCACGGAAGUACUUGAUAAGUUGGUUUGUUCUGGAUGUUGUUUCUACCAUCCCUUCAGAAUUUGCUCGUAAGAUGCUUCCAAAAAAGCUCCAGUCGUAUGGUUUCUUUAACAUGCUUCGGCUUUGGCGACUUCGAAGAGUUAGUUCCCUGUUUGCUCGUUUGGAGAAGGACAGACACUUCAACUACUUUUGGGUCCGCUGUAUAAAGCUCAUUUGUGUCACCCUUUUUGCUGUCCAUUGUGCUGGAUGCUUCUAUUAUCUUCUCGCAGCCAGGUAUCCCGACCCGAGAUUGACUUGGAUUGGUGCUACUAUGCCAAAUUUUCAUGAAAAAAGCUUGUGGAUCCGGUAUGUAACAUCAAUGUACUGGUCAAUCACUACUCUUACAACUGUGGGAUAUGGAGAUCUGCAUGCUCAAAAUACUAGGGAGAUGGUCUUUGAUAUCCUAUACAUGCUCUUCAACCUUGGGCUGACAGCAUAUCUAAUUGGAAAUAUGACUAAUUUGGUUGUUCAUGGCACCAGCAGAACUAGGAAGUUCAGGGACACAAUUCAAGCGGCCUCUGGGUUUGCACAGAGAAACCAGCUUCCAUUGCGCCUUCAAGAGCAAAUGGUCGCACACCUAUGCCUGAAGUAUAGGACAGAUUCAGAGGGACUACAACAACAGGAGACUCUUGAUGUACUCCCAAAAGCCAUCCGAUCCAGCAUUUCUCAUUAUCUUUUCUAUAAUCUUGUCCAGAAGGUCUAUUUAUUCCAAGGGGUUUCAAAUGACUUGCUUUUCCAACUGGUGUCAGAGAUGAAGGCUGAAUAUUUCCCCCCAAGGGAGGAUGUGAUCCUACAGAAUGAAGCACCAUCUGAUUUUUACAUAUUGGUUACUGGUACUGUUGACCUUAUAGAUCACAAGGGUGGAAUUGAACAGGUUGUUAGAGAGGCAAAGACAGGCCAAUUGUUUGGAGAGAUUGGAGUACUUUGCUACAGGCCUCAGUUAUUCACAGUUCGAACCAAAAAGUUGUGCCAGUUGUUGCGGUUGAACCGCACUUCAUUCCUUAGCAUUGUGCAGGCAAAUGUUGGAGACGGGACUAUAAUAAUGAACAAUCUACUUCAGCAUUUGAAAGAGCAGAAAGACCCCAUUAUGGAGGCAGUUUUGAGAGAGACUGAGAACACCCUAGCUCGGGGAAGAAUGGACUUGCCUCUCUCUCUUUGUUUUGCUGUCAUCAGAGGAGAUGAUCUGUUGUUGCAUCAACUUCUUAAGCGUGGUUUAGAUCCAUGUGAAUCUGACAGCAAUGGUCACACUGCUUUGCACCUGGCAGCCUCAAAAGGAAGUGUGAAUUGCGUACUUCUCCUGCUAGAUUAUGGCGCAGAUCCCAAUUCUCGAGAUUCAAUAGGAAGUGUUCCUUUAUGGGAAGCAGUUCUCGGCAAGCAUGAACCUGUAAUAAGGCUCCUGAUAGACAAUGGUGCAGACCUCUCCCAUGGUGACAUGGCUCAGUAUGCAUGCACAGCAGCAGAACAGAACAGCAUAGAACUGCUCAAGGACAUAGUCAAUUACGGUGGUGAUGUGACGCUUACAAGAAACGAUGGGAGCACAGCUCUUCACCUUGCAGUUUGUGAAGGAAACUUUGAAAUGGUCAAGUUCUUGCUUGAGCAAGGAGCUGACAUUGACAAGCAGGACAUUCAUGGCUGGAGCCCAUGCGGAUUAGCUGAACAACAGGGCCAUCAAGAGAUAAUCUCGCUCUUUUUGACAAACAAAACCUCUCAGGAUGAGAGCUCUUGUAGUGAUCAGAAGAAGGAUGACAGCCCUGUAAUUCUAACUCUUGGAAGAUUCAGGAGUGAGACCUCCACAGCAAUCCGAUCUCUCGGAAGAUUCAGGAGUGAGCCCGUAAUGGUGCAAGGUUCACAAGAAGUUAUCCCUCCCACUGGCGAGGGGGCUUCAAAGAGAGGUCAACAGAAGCUGAAUUUGAAUAACUUUUCCAACUCUCUCUUUGGUAUCAUGUCCUCAGCUGCUCAAGCUGAUAGGAGUAGUAGUCCUUUACUCUCUUCUAGAUCAACUACUUUAAAGCCUGGUUUUGGAUAUUAUCCUGGUCAUCAUCAACAACACCAACUUGGUAACCAUCAUCAUCAUCAUUCUCUCCGCAGGAUUACAAUAAGCUGUCCUGAGAAGCGAGAUUCCAGUAGUAAGCUGGUGCUUCUCCCAAAAUCUAUUGAGGAGCUUCUCUCUCUCGGCUAUAAGAAAUUUGGUUUCCAAGCUGCCAGAGUUGUUACGAAGGAUGGGGCUGAAAUCGAUGAUGUGCAGAUCAUACGUGACGGUGAUCAUCUUCUUCUGGUGAGUAAUUUGUGGGGAGGGAGAAAUAGCAGCAUUUCAUAAUGUGAGAUAGAUUUUUUUUUUUGUUUAAAUGUUUAUGCUAUGAAGAAGAGAUGAAAGUCUUGUUUUAAAGAGUUUCAGUUCAGUUCCCAUCUUUAAAA